AAGGAAACAGACAGAGCGUGUGUGUGCGGAUGCAGCGAGGGAGGAAGGCCCAUGAGGAAGAGGAGCUCGGAUCGAUUCGCCGGGUGUGCCUAUUGCCUUUGCCCUCUCCAUGCACAGUCCUCUCACGUUCCCCAGAAAGGCUGAGUUUCGUUCCUCCCGUCUUCCUCGAAAUGCCCACAUCGGAUUUCCCCAACAACGGUUUCGGCGUGCAAGUGGAGGAGAUGAACGAGGGAGGACGCUAUCGCUACAACGCCAGGGCCCCCGGAGACACCCACGACUGCCAGCAUGAUGCGGACGAACUGGCGGAGCUGAAGCAGCGCCUCGCCGAGAUGAAGGAGCUGCUGAGCGAGGAGACCGAGAGCAACCACGGCCGCCGGGCCCGCCGGUGCAGCGGCCGCGAGGGCUGCGGCCUCGCGUUCUGCGACUCCCAGAUGGUCAGCUUCGUCUUCCUCCUCGUCAUGGGGCUCGUGCUCUGCGUGUCCGUCUACGCCUUCCAGCAUCUCUUCACGGCCAUCUUCCAGCGGUUCUUCCCCUCCUGAGUUCUUCCUCGUCGACGCGGUGCUUCCGUCGUUUUCGUUCUCCUCGAUGCGUCAAUAAUAACGUUGCUCUCUCCUCUCGAUCGAGAUCGACUCUCAUUCCGCUCGUUGAAGCUGGUGUCGCCGUCGUUCUUCGCCUGUCCAGUCGUGGCAGGCAUUAACUCAUUUAUGUCAAUUACCGAUAUAGAAGCUCGAUAACUCCAACGGGGUUCGAAUAAUCUCAUGCUGAUUGCGUGCACUCCGAACAAAAAACAGUUCAAUAGCUUAAAGUCCGUAAAGUGCAAAAAGCCAGUUCCGUUCCAGAAAACGUUCUGAAAUUUCGAAGCGUGACUUUCUUCUAUGAAACUUAAAUCCAUUUCACACGCUGGGACGAGGAAAAAAAAAAUCACUAGGGCUUAAAAGAAAUGGCGGAAGAUCCUUGAAAACGGCGUUCCAUUCGAUGAGAGAAGCCAGUUGAUUAUCCGGGGCUUCCUCGUUCCGCCAAAUCGCCACAGUGGCCACUUCCUGUCGGGUGGCAGGCGUUCCCAGGGAGAGGAAACCCUUCUCGAGGGCAGAAUUAAGCGAUCUUUAUCCUGAUGGGGCUUCCAUUUCCUCACGGUUCUUUAAAAGGGGACGAGUCAUUGAGGACUAUAUACGCGGCGAAAGAACAUGGAAGUUGCCUGAGCAUGGAAAUCUGAAUGUUUCUCGACCUUAUGAACUGCAAAGAGAUGAUUUCUCCCCCC